UUUGUUCAGAGUAAUAUUAUUACAAUCUGAACUGAGGAAGAAGAAGAUAGACACUGAAACUCGGACCGAGUUUUGGAGAGUCGAUUAUGGAAGGUAACUCAGGGACGACGAGUCCAAAGACACCGCUUUUGGGGCCCGAAGGACGGAGACCGAGUGAUAACGGUCGCCGGAAUCGCCGACUCAGUCGAAAAUACUCUGUUAACUCGCUCAGGACCGAAUUCGUCUCUAGGCUCCCCGACAAGGUCCGUUCUGGUCUUGACGUUGAGUCCAGUCCCUACGAUAUCGACCUAACUCGGACCAGUGGCUUGAGUGGAGGAGAAAAGGACUACUAUGAAAGACAGCUUUUAACUCUGAAAUCUUUUGAGGAAGUUGACUCUAUAGUGCAAUCAGAAGGCAUUGGUGAAGAUGAUCUUGAUGAACAAGCUCAACAUGAAAGAGCCAUGAAGAUCUCUAAUUAUGCAAACAUAAUUCUCUUGGGACUUAAGAUCUAUGCUACUAUAAAGAGUGGGUCCAUAGCCAUUGCAGCAUCAACACUAGAUUCUUUGCUGGAUCUCAUGGCCGGUGGCAUACUUUGGUUCACUCACUUGUCAAUGAAAAGUAUAAAUAUUUAUAGAUACCCCAUUGGCAAAUUGAGGGUGCAGCCUGUUGGCAUAAUCAUUUUUGCUGCUAUCAUGGCGACACUAGGUUUUCAGGUAUUCAUCCAGGCUUUAGAACAACUAAUUGAAGCUAAUCCUUCAGAAAAGAUGUCAUCAGACCAGUUAGUGUGGUUGUAUUCGAUCAUGAUAUUUGCUACUGUAGUAAAACUUGCGCUCUGGGUCUAUUGCAGAAGGUCAGGCAACAAGAUUGUCCGUGCCUAUGCGGAGGAUCACUAUUUUGAUGUGAUAACAAAUGUAGUUGGGUUGGUUGCUGCGGUACUAGCUGACAAAUUUUACUGGUGGAUCGAUCCAGUUGGUGCUCUUAUCCUUGCAAUAUACACAAUAGCAAAUUGGUCUCGUACUGUUUUUGAAAACGCAGUUUCGCUCGUCGGACAGUCAGCCCCUCCUGAAGUCAUGCAGAAGCUAACUUAUCUUGUCAUAAGGCACCCCCAAGUAAAGCGUAUUGACACCGUUCGUGCUUACACAUUUGGUGUUCUUUAUUUUGUGGAGGUUGACAUUGAACUACCAGAGGAUUUACCCUUAAAAGAGGCGCAUGCCAUUGGAGAGAGUCUGCAGAUUAAUAUUGAGAAACUCCCAGAAGUCGAGCGAGCAUUCGUUCAUCUCGACUUUGAAUGUGAGCACAAACCAGAGCAUUCUGUACUCCACAAGCUCCCAAAUUCUCAGCCUUGAGUUUUGACAUUACCCCAGUUCUACAAUAAAAAAAAUAUAGCCACUUAUUCUCACUGUAACUUUUUGUUCUUUACUAUUAUGAGAGAUCUUCAGGUUGAUUAUUUCAAAAAUUACAAUGAAGAUAAUUUUUUGGUC